UCUUAUUUUGUUGUUAUCUCUUUGUAAUGGCUACCUCCGCUUGUGCUUUUCAUGGUUAAGCAUUCUUCUUCUUUGAUGGGUGGUGCUUUUGUUUUGGCUUUGUGGGUUGUUCUUGAUUUUGUCUGGCUAUGAAAGGUGGUAGGUUGGUGGGGUUGACUUAGUCUUCACGGAGAUGGACUAACAAUUCUUUUCAAGAAACCACUUUUGGGCAAUUUGCUUGGUUUAACAUGAGUGUUAUUCGAGUUUUACUUUAUACAAUUUUGCAAUCUAUUCUUGUUUUAAUUUACUAUUGUUUUGCUUAUCAUUGUCAACCUGUUUCUGUAUCCACAAAAAGAUUUUACUUUUGAUCCCAACUCAGGCGGGGUUGACUGAAAAAGGUUCGUUAAAUGUUUAGUGUACUGGUUGGUUCUUAUUCUAAUUCUAUGUGGGAAAGGUUGGUGCGGUAUUAGAAUCAACGAUGUUUCUUUAAAACUGGAUAUGCAAUCUAAGCUACAAGUUGGUUUUUGUUCAAAUUCACUGGGAUCUAUUGUUAAUUUUUCCUCGUGAUUUUUUCUGAGAUAAUGAAAGUUUUGGGGAUUUUAGUGGCUUCGCUGGUGAAUUAAAAGCUGACACCCAUAGAUUGUCCUCUUUAGAUGGAGAUAUUAGUUUUAUAAAAAGUAGUCGUAGCUCACAUGGUGAGAAAUUUAAUAAUAACACGUCAAGUAAGAUAACGGGCCUCUGAUGGAAAAACUUAUUUGCUUUUUCAGAUUUUCUUUUUGUAGGUUACAUACUUCUGUGUUGUGCAUCAGUUGCUUUCAAGUUCUAACAAAGUUCUUUUCAGGUUUUAACAUGCAUCGAACUCAAAAGGUUUCCCUUUUGACUAAGAGCUUGGCUUAUGUUAGCCUAAGAAAACUGCUAAAUUUCUCUCUUUUCAGCCGAAUGACUUGAGAAUACAUUUUUCUGAUCCUCUUUUCUAGAGCUACCGGCAUUCUGUUAUUACUUUUCUUCUUUCUUUAACUAUUACUUGUCAUGUUAUUUUCUAGGAUAACGUUUCUUGUUCCUAUUCAUAUAAUGGAUUUUUUAAAAAUAGCUUUAUUUUAUAACUCUUUGCCAUCAGAAAUUUACUUUCUAAUGUCUCCGUGUUUGUUCUGUCUCUAACUAUCCUAGGAGUGGACUGCCAGAUGUUGAAGGACAUCAACUAAAGCAUUGUGCAAUCUUAGAAAUAUUUAGGUCCAUCAUGGUGAGUUUAAGAAGACGCAAGCUCCUGGGACUCUGCUCUGGAAAAAGUUCUUUUCUAGCUCCAUUUCCUAGGAAUUCUGUUAAUGGUAUUGCUCCUGAGACCCAGAACACCAAACCUCUCACUGUACAUCCCAUUACAUCUGAUGAUCUGAGUCGGUCACCAUGGAAAGCCACUGCAAAAUUAGGACCUCUGUCCUCCAAUGUGUCUGGUUCAAGCUCACCUGAAGAAAAACCAAUAUUACAGCAUGUUGAAAAAGAGCAACAUAGUCAAUCAUUUUCAGGGCUACCAAUCAAACGCAGAAAGCGACAUAGAAGGAAGCAGAUUCAAAACCAAGAACCAUGUCUGAUGAGAGGUGUCUACUUCAAAAAUAUGAAAUGGCAGGCAGCGAUAAAAGUGGACAAGAAACAAAUCCACUUGGGAACUGUUGGUUCACAAGAGGAGGCUGCUCGUUUGUAUGACAGGGCAGCUUUCAUGUGUGGGAGGGAGCCCAACUUUGAGCUCUCUGAAGAGGAGAAGCAAGAGCUUCGGCAAUUCAAGUGGGAUGAAUUCUUGGCAUUCACUCGCCGUUCAAUUACUCAUAAAAAGUACAAGAGGAGACUUGGGGCAGGGCCGCAUAAGAGGUCUGAGUCUCCAUUCGAAAAUGGUGACUGGGAUGUUAAGCAAGGAGUGGACGGCUUGUCGGGGUCAGAAGAUGCUGGGCCAGACUCAUCAGCCUGAUCUUGAAAGUAAUGUCAUGAAAACGAGGCUGAAUAAUUCUAACAGUUCGCCUGUAACUGAGUAGCCUCCAAUUUUUUCAGCAUAUAAAAGGCCCCUAUUAUAGGGCAAAUCAGGGUAAAUCUCUAAAAUUAUUGGGAAAGCAAAGAGAUUUUUAGCCUUAAUGCAAUAAUUAUUUUAAGUAUUA